GCUUCAGUUUGCUCAACACAAACCCAAAACCCAAGCCACCAGUGUAAAAUCAUUAUCCUUCUCUUAGGAAAAAUUUAUUACCUCGCAAAAAAACGGGCAAUAAAAUACAUGUAACAGUAAAAUCAAUUCUGCCAGUGGUUAUUAUAACUGCAUUCUUCCCCGGAAUCAGGAAAUUAAAUUGGGACAUUUGUUUCUUGAACUGAGGGACGUCUGAAUGCACUCCAGAUUGACGUCUGCAUCAAAAAAGAGAUUGAUUACCAAUCAAAUUGUAAAUGUCUUGAUACCUGCUCGUCAAAAACUCCCAAGAAUAGCAUAUGUCGUACAAUGGACAGCUUCUGCUGUAGUUCACUUACCUGUGAUGUUAUUUUUAAAGUGAAUUCUAUAUCUAGAGAUGCUUUAUCAAAAACAUGACUGUUUUUAGAACAUUCUAUUAGCACCUGAUUUGCUAAAAUAAGUGACAUCAAUAUAAUGUUUGCGUUAUAUUUUAUUGAAUUUUAGAAUUUAAUUAGCUUGCAGUUGUGGUAUUGAUGAUUGUCUACCAGCGAAACGAAUUGUUUACUUAUUAGCGUCUGUUUGUAUUGGCGUAUGACGUCAGUUACAUGCAGGUAUUUACCCUGCUCGUAUUUAAAUGCUAGUUGUGUUUGUGUUUUGAAAAGACGAGAAAUAUAAUGUCGAGCGGGCAGAUAGGAGGAAAAAAGUUUUAUUGCUGAUUAUUAAAACAAAGGAGUUUUUAUACUGCAUUUAGUAUAUUCCAAUACUGGCUCUGUAGACAAAACUAUUAAAAAAGAGAUGAGCUGAGGUAAUGUAACUUUGAGAUUCACUUCGUGUCAUCUUUUUUGGAGGAAAGGACUUUGUGGGGAGGAGUUGUUAAACCUAGUUUCUUGUGUCUUUGUCCUUAUGGAUUGAAUGGAGAUUAAACCUGGAUUUUAGUGUGCAGACUGUCAUUAAUAAAUUUGUUUCAAUUACCUGACUGACAUCGGAUCUUUACGUAAGCACAGUUUUGCAUGCCAUUGUGUUCCGGACAUUGCCUCGUGAAGCCUUUCCGAGAUCCAUGUUUAUUUUUCCCACUCCUUGUUUCCGAGCCCAAUUCCAAACAGAGCUACAUCGUAUGCACUCAGACAAAUCAAGGCAUUAUUAUGAAUCCUCGACAAAUGGAUUUACUCCACGAGUAGGAUUAGGAAAGUACUGAAGGCUUUUAGGAUUAACAAGAGACAGUCGGAUAUUGAAGUUCGAGGAAAACUGUCCUCUCGCUCUGUUUUUCUUUUUUUUUCCCUUUUUUCAUCAUGCAUUGCAGAUUCAGAAAGUAUUACAGAGGAUGUAAUAAAUCAAUGUUUCUGGACUGAAUCCGCAGAACAGUUGUUACGGUAAGCGAGGCCUGCGAUCGUAAGAUAUAGCAGAUAUUGAGGACAAUGGAAUCAGCACAGUCCUAGUCAUGACUGUGUGAGAACUGUUAAUACACAUCCUGUGAGGUACCGGCUGUAUUGUACUGUGUAAUUGCACGAUUUAUCAAGUACUCUCUGGAGCCAUAACCUUGUGUAAUUGCGUUGAGACGACGUGAUGUCUCAAAAGCAGAGUUGCUGUUUUCUUGGACGAAUGUUCCAGCUUUGCUCAUCCAAAUCCCAGGACAAGACAAAAAAAGGAUCACCAACCCCAAGUAGAAGCUCCAUGGACUACAAGAUGGCUGGCAAGGAUAACCUCCUCCAGCCCAGCUUUCCCGCCUUAAACUCCCAGCAGAGGCUUUCAGACGCCAAAGCCCGCAACAAGGUGGAGCUAAAACCAGGCAGGUCCUUGAUGGACUGGAUCCGACUGGGGAGGAGUGGAGAGGAUCUAACGGGGGUGGGGGGUAAAGUCUUAGAAGUGGAUGCAGAGGAAUUGGCCAAGCAUAAUCAGAUUAACGAUGCCUGGAUUGCUCUUCGAGGCAAAGUGUACAAUAUAACGCCUUACAUGGAAUAUCACCCUGGGGGUGAGGAAGAGCUGAUGAGGGGGGCAGGGAUAGACGGCACUCAACUGUUUGAUGAGGUUCAUAAAUGGGUGAAUUACGAAUCAAUGCUGGAGAAAUGCUUUGUGGGCAAGCUGAAAUCUACACCCCCUGCACAUAGGCGAGUAUCCCUGCUAAGAACCUUGGAGCCAGGGGGACCUGCUAAUACCAAUAAAUCUCUGUUAAAGGCCAAUUCUACAGAGUCAAAGAAUGGACCCAUGUCUCCACCAGCAUUUAAAGUUCCAGAGUCCCCCACCCUUCCCAAAUUUGAUUGGUUUCAAACUAAAACAACCGUGACUUUAGUAGUGUAUACGAAAUGGAAGUCCAUGAAGUCCGAUUUUGUUGUCAUUGACAAGCAGGGAAACAACUUUCUAGCCACCCUGUACAUAGAAGACUAUAUCUACUACCUACAUAUAGAGCUUGCAGAGGCAAUAUCAUUACAUUAUGAAGUGAAAGUAAAUACAGACAACGGCAAAGUAGACAUUAUACUGACAAAGGAGUCUGAGAAACAGUGGCCCAGUGUGGGAAAGCAUCUACAGAAACACAACAAAACAGUCAAACUCAAAGACCAAGAAAUAACAUACAGAACAUGUUCCGUUGAUUCCGUGUCUCAAGUUACCCAUGAUUCCAAGUUGUUAUGCCUGUCCCUCCCCGAGGGGACCAGGAUGUGUGUUCCUGUGGGGUACCAUGUACACCUCCAGCACAAAGUGUCAGGGAUGGAGGUGGUGAGGAGUUACACAGCAGUGACAGCGACCUUGACUGGGGAGCAGGAUCCUAGGGUCAAGGACGGGUCAGUAAUAUACCUGAUGAUAAAGAUCUACAAAAAUGGAGCUCUUACUCCAUGGAUCGAUUCCCUCAGUAAAGGUGACCCUGUAGAGGUCAGUACAUUUACUGGGAACUUCAGCGAGGAUCGUCUGUCUGUGUGUCAGAAUCUAGUCAUGUUCGCCGCGGGUACGGGUUUUACUCCAAUGGUUCGACUUAUUCAUCACUGUAUAGAAGACACAAAGUCUAGAGUAAAUCUUAAGUUAGUAUUUUUCAAUAAGAGAGAGGAGGACAUUCUUUGGUGUGACCAGCUACAGUCCCUGGCUGAGAAAAGUGAUAGAUUUUCCUGUGAUUAUAUCCUGUCUGAGGCAGACAGUGGCUGGUCCGGCAAGACAGGAAGGAUAACUCUCGAUCUAAUGAAAGCAUCAUUACCUCAACAAACAGAAAAAUCCAAUUUACUUAUAUGUGCCUGUGGUCCCACCCCAUUUACUAACUUAGUUACUAAAUUUGCCAAGGAGCUCGGAUAUUCUGAGAGUGAGUACCAUGCAUUCCAAGGGUGAUUGAGAUACAAAUUAUCUCAACUCAAAAAAUCCAUCUCAGGGAAUUUGUAUCUCACAGCUCAUCUCGGUCUGUCACCGGCCAAGUUCCGUCGGGGAUUUCCUCUUCGAAAUGACAGUAUUUCACAGAAAUGUGGUGGAUGCUCCAUUAAGUUCUUGAAGUACAUUGGUCAAACUCCAUGUUAUUGUUAAUGGCAAUUAAUGGCAGUUAGCUUACAUGUUUAACAAAAUUAUGUGACUGUUGACAGAACUAUUUUUUCAAAAUUAAUUUUUUAAAGUUGGUGUUCAGCUCCGUAUUUUGCAGUUGUAAUUAAAUUAAAAUUAAAGUGGUUUAAGAAAUUUAGUUUUCAAUUUUUUGUAUGAAGAGAAAGUGAAUCUUCUUUCAAAAAAAUUACAAGUUUUGAUAAGUUUGAGAAUACAUGUAGCAGUACUUGUGCAUUUAAUUAUGCCGUGGUUUCAUUAAUAACUUUGGGGAACAGUUUUCAUUGAUUUAAUGAAUAUCAGAGCCAUAAAGUGAGUAUUGUACUUCUAAUGAAAAAGGUUCAUGUGCUGCUGACUUUGAAUUUUCUCACUCUUGAUUUAGUGGAUCAGCUUCAUGAAAAAAAAAAUUACUGGUACAUGUUCAACAUACAGUUACAGAACAUAUGAAACUACAUUAUUCUUAUGAUGAAGGAGACUAGCUAAUAACAAAUUUUUUCGGGCGUAUUACAUGUAUAAUGAAAGGGAGACAAAUUCAUUAUUAUUUAGCAUCAAGAUAUUUUUCUGACUUAUCAGUUGAUGGAGGAGUUCAAUGAUAGAGACAGGCAUUAUGAUUGUUAAAACUAGCAUUCCUAGAAGCUUUCUAGCUCUGUAUAUCAAUUUUCAAUGUUGUCGGAUUGUUUGUUAAUUUUGUUGGUUUUUAGUUUUGAUUUUUUUAAAAUAUUAAAAUAAGAUUGAUGGGUAAUUAAUAUUUAUGUGUGUCUUGAGAAUUUUUUUUUUUCGACUUGAAUUUGUAAAAUAUUCAGGUUGUCCUCAUAAGAAAAAAAAAAAGUUUUAAGAUUUAACUUAUUUUGUGGUCAGAAGUCAUGCAAAGAUACAUGUGUUAUACUUUGUAAGUAUUAAUUUGAAUUUUUUUUUAAGACCUGUAUGGUCAAGAGAUUUUCAAGCAAAAUUAUGACACCAAGUGGUCCAAUUCUGCAGCAGCAUUGACAAUAAAUUGAACUAUUAUAAAUAUAUGACAGCUCAAUAAAUAAAUUUUAAAAAAUGAAUUUUUACCAUCUAAAGGAGUAAUUUUUAACAGUUAUUUAUGAAGUAAAAUUAUCCCUAGGCAUAAGCACAGCAUACUUUGAAUGUUGCGGGGAGCUGGUUACAUCAAUACAUAUAAUAUUUGUGAUAUUAGGGUCUGCUUAUUACAAUGUAAAUGUCUUAGAUCUUUAUUUGACACUUGGUGUCAAUUUCUGUGAUAUCUAAUUCAUUGAUUUCUAAGAACUUGCAGAACCUGUGGUAAUUUUUAAGAUUCUUCUCCCAGCUAAUAGUUUUUAUGUGUUUUUUAUUUAUUCUCACAGCUAGCACAUGCAUGCUUGACAUAUUUUUAAAUAUUUUUCCAAAUUGUGUGCAAUAUAUUAAGUGAUGUUAUAUUAUCAUAAAGUGGGAUGAAAAAAAGUCGUAAAUUAAAAAAUCCAAGCUAUUUGUCGCAUAAGCAAUGAAUGUAAAACCCAACAUGAAUUACCUCCCAUCAUUGUUUCUUUUCCCCCUCUUCAUCUCCAUUUCAUUCAAUAGGUUUAUUGUUUACAUUUCAUUUGCUCAAAUAUUGUUUUUGUUUUAGAGUAACAUUACAGAGUUAUUUCCCUUUGAUUGAUUUCUUACAUUUCGUAUUGUCUCCACAAACCUAUUUGUUUCCCUGACAUAUGAUUUUUACUGAACUGUCAGUCUAUCUAUUCACUAGUAUGAACCAAGAUUUAUAUUCAAGUCUUACAAAGACCAACUCGUAUACGACAUUUCGUAAUGAUAGAAAGAUUCUUGCAUACAAGUUGAGUCUUCGGUUUUGUUUAUGAUAUUUUUUGUUUACAUUGAAGAUAUAAACCCUUAUACGAAUUGGUCUUUGUACGACUUGACUUGACCUUUGAACCUAACAACUUGACAUAUAUGUAUUCUCACCUUUACCUCAGGAUCAAAAGCAAUUAUAGAAUAUUAUUAAAUGGAACAUAUGUAAUAUACAUUUAUAAAUUUUUUUUAGUAAUA